ACAAGUAUUUUUCAGCAGGACUGUCACUGCCCCAGAACAGGGAAUCAUAUUACUGCAAGAACUUUGCUGAAACAAAGAAGAUAAAUUGGACAAAUGGGAAAUUAUAAAUCUAGACCAACCCAGACUUGCACGGAUGAAUGGAAGAAGAAAGUCAGUGAAUCCUAUGCCACAGUCACGGAGCGGCUGGAGGACGACCUGCAAAUCAAGGAAAAGGAGCUGGCAGAGUUAAAGCAUGUUUUCAGCUCGGAUGAAGCCUUCUGCAAAGUCAACCUGAAUUACCGCACGGAGAACGGGCUCUCGCUGCUGCACCUGUGCUGCGUGUGUGGGGGCAACAAAUCCCACAUCAGAACUCUCAUGCUGAAAGGGCUGCGCCCAUCCAGACUAACAAGAAAUGGAUUUACAGCUCUGCACUUGGCAGCUUAUAAGGACGACGCGGAGCUGCUGACGGCGCUGCUGCACGGCGGGGCCGACAUCCAGCAGGUCGGGUACGGCGCGCUGACCGCCCUGCACGUCGCCACCAUCGCCGGCCACCGCAAGGCUGUGGACAUCCUGCUGCAGCACGGGGCCUACGUGAACGUGCAGGAUGCCGUGUUCUUCACGCCGCUGCACAUCGCUGCCUACUGCGGCCACGAGCAGGUAACCCACCUGUUACUGAAGUUUGGAGCCGAUGUGAAUGCGAGUGGUGAAGUUGGGGACAGACCUCUCCACCUGGCUGCUGCCAAGGGCUUUCUCAACAUCACAAAGCUUUUGAUGGAAGAGGGAAGCAAAGCUGAUGUGAAUGCUCAGGACAACGAAGAUCAUGUGCCUCUGCACUUCUGCUCUCGGUUUGGGCACCAUGAUAUUGUGAAGUUCUUACUGCAGAGCAGCUUCGAGGUGCAGCCCCACGUGGUGAAUAUCUAUGGAGACACACCUCUGCACCUUGCCUGUUACAAUGGGAAGUUUGAAGUUGUCAAGGAAAUAAUUCAGCUCUCAGGAACAGAAAGUCUCACUAAAGAAAAUAUAUUCAGUGAAACAGCUUUCCACAGUGCUUGCACCUAUGGAAAGAACAUAGAACUUGUCAAGUUUCUUCUUGACCAGAAUGUUGUAAGCAUCAAUCAUCAGGGGAGAGAUGGGCACACAGGAUUGCACUGUGCUUGCUACCAUGGCCACAUUCGCCUUGUGCAGUUCUUGCUGGAUAAUGGAGCUGAUAUGAAUCUUGUAGCUUGUGAUCCCAGCAGGUCCAGUGGAGAAAAGGAUGAGCAGACCUGUCUGAUGUGGGCUUAUGAGAAAGGUCACGAUGCAAUUGUGACCCUCCUGAAGCAUUACAAGAGACCUCAGGAUGAAUCCCCCUGCAACGAAUACUCCCAGCCUGGAGGAGACGGCUCCUACGUGUCAGUGCCAUCCCCGCUGGGGAAGAUUAAAAGCAUGACAAAAGAAAAGGCUGAUGUGCUCCUCCUCCGAGCUGGUUUGCCGUCACACUUCCACCUGCAGCUCUCUGAGAUAGAGUUCCACGAGAUCAUUGGCUCAGGGUCUUUUGGAAAAGUCUAUAAGGGACGAUGUAGAAAUAAAAUUGUUGCAAUCAAACGUUACCGAGCCAACACCUACUGCUCCAAGUCUGACGUGGACAUGUUCUGCCGCGAGGUUUCCAUCCUGUGCCGCCUGAACCAUCCCUGCGUCAUCCAGUUCGUGGGAGCCUGCCUGGAUGACCCCAGCCAGUUUGCCAUUGUCACCCAGUACAUCUCUGGGGGAUCGCUCUUCUCCCUGCUCCAUGAGCAGAAGAGAAUUCUUGAUCUGCAGUCUAAAUUAAUCAUUGCUGUAGAUGUGGCCAAAGGCAUGGAGUACCUCCACAAUCUCACGCAGCCCAUCAUACAUCGGGAUCUGAACAGUCACAAUAUUCUCCUGUAUGAGGAUGGUCAUGCAGUAGUCGCUGAUUUUGGAGAAUCUCGAUUUCUGCAAUCCCUGGAUGAAGACAACAUGACAAAACAACCUGGGGUUUGUUUCUUUUGUUUCUUUGAAUGUUCACACCAUCCCAGCUAUCAAUGUGGGCCAGGAUGGGUGACUCCGGGUGCUGACGGGUGUCUCUGGCUGUGCCCUGCAGCGGCAGCAGCAGCAGACAUGGCUUAUCACCACAUCCGCCCCCCCAUCGGCUACUCCAUCCCCAAGCCCAUCUCUGCCUUGCUGAUGAGGGGCUGGAACGCCUGUCCUGAGGGCAGACCAGAGUUUUCAGAAGUUGUCACAAAGUUAGAGGAGUGUCUGUGCAAUAUUGAGUUAAUGUCUCCGGCCUCCAGCAACAGCAGCGGGUCCCUGUCUCCCUCGUCCUCCUCGGACUGCCUGGUGGCCCGCGGUGGCCCUGGGCGCAGCCACGUGGCCGCGCUGCGCUCGCGCUUCGAGCUGGAGUACGCCGUCAACGCGCGGGCCUACGCGGCCUGGGCGCAGCGCACUGGGCAACCCCCGUCUCAGGGCCUGUCUCUGGAUGACAUGAGAAGGAACUUCCAGUACCCACCCGUGGACAAAAACGGGUACGUGUCCGACCCCUUGAGCACCAUGAGGUUCCACUCCUGCAGCAGCAGCUUGGAGGACAGCAGCUGAGGGAGGGAGCAUCCCCCAGCCCGGCCACCACCACAGAACCCUGAGUGUCACACUGACAUCCCCGGACUGAGCAGCUUAAUGUUGUUGACAGAUGUCCCUGUCCUGCAUUCUGCUCCUGCAUCUCCCUCAGCUGAUCACCCCGUGCCCUGCAGCAGCAGCUCUGACCAUGGGGCAUUUAAAAAGAGAACAGAGGCAGGGCAGCAGAAGUUGAACUCUUCCUCUAGAAGCAAUUACAGAAUUAAUCACACUGGUAUUUUCUGGGGUCUUUUUUCAAAUUAACAAAAGUUAUCUGUAAGACUGUCUGGCUGAGCAGGAAUCAGUAUUUCCCACUGAUGGCAGGGUUCUGUGGUGUUAUUGAGGAUGUUGUUUUUCUCCAGCCAUGAUCCCUGAAGCAGGCCUGCAAAGAGGCCUCAAGCAGUGUGGCAGACAUGAGCUAGGACUGCAUGGUGGGCUCUGAUAAUGCUUCAAUGACACACCUGUCAUUGCUUCAAUAGUGCUAAAGCAAUAAAAAUGGGGAAGAUUUCACUAAG